GCUGAGCCGGGUAGGUCGGCUGAGCGUGCCUGCUGAAGCUGCUCGGUUUAGAGAUACUGUGGGCUGAGGAGAACAGGCAGAGCCGGGCAGAGCGCGCGCGGGGGAGGGCAGUGUGAACUGCGCGGAGGAGACGGCCCAUGGCCAUGUCCCCGAGAGCGCUGCUGCAGUUGGGGAGCGCGGUCAGGGCUGCCUGGGGCUCGAGAGUUUGGGGAGCCUCCUCUCGCUGUUUUCUGGGGCCAGGGAUAGCCCCCGGGUCAGCGGCUGCCUGGAAGGAGUUGAGAUCAUCAGAAGAAGUCUACCAUAAUUUCUGUACUGCUGCUUCUCAGAGUGUCACCUACAAAGAACUGAAAAAAUUGCUACAUUCCAAAUCCAAUUUGUUGAUUGAUGUUAGGGAGCCAUGGGAAGUUCUAGAAUAUGGAAAAAUUCCAGGGUUUUUCAAUAUACCAUUGGGUGAAAUAGGUCAAGCUCUACAAAUGGAUUCAGAGGACUUUAAAGAGAAGUACAAUCAAGAUAUGCCUUCUAAGUCUGACAGCCUGGUGUUCUCUUGUCUAGGAGGAGUGAGAAGCAAGAAAGCUCUAAAUACUGCUUUAUCAUUGGGUUAUGAAAGCGCUCGGCACUAUCCUGGAGGUUGGCAAGAAUGGGAGAGCUAUGAAUAUCCAGAGAAGAAAAAAUGACAUGACAAUGAAUUUUGAAAUCCCAAUGAACUCUUUUGAAAACUAAUUUUAAGGUAAAUUAUGUUAUAGAGGCAACAGAAUAUAGUAAAAAAAAAAAGCAGCUUAGUAGUCAAAAGAUCUGGGUCUUCUAGUUAUAGUUGUGUAAACUAGGAGAACUCACUUUACCUUCUCUGAUCCAACAUCUUGGUUUAUAAAAUGAGUAUAAUAAUAUUUACUCUGUCUAAUUUUUUAGGGUUGUUAUGAAGAUCAGCUGAGAUAAUGUAUGGAAGACUUAGUGAGUUAUAGAUGUGUAGUAGUAAAACUAGUCUACUUGUACAUUUUAAGAACUUAUAGCAAAUAUUGUCCUUUUCAAAACUGAAUUUGAACUUUUGGAAGAGGAAAAAAAGAAUUAAUAAAGACGUAAACUUUC